UACAUUAUCAACGAGGCGUGUUUGCUCCGUCGUAGUCGACAACUGGGUCAAAAGGCUAGACAACAAUUAAGUGUAUAAACUAAUAUGGCUACCAGAAGUGAAACCAUAGUUCCGGAGAAGGAACUUCACAGCUUCGUAGUCCGUUGCAUGGAAGCUGUUGGUGCAAACUCGGAACACGCAAGUGUGUUGGCGGAUCUUAUUGUGGCGGCAGAUACAAGGGGGCACUAUAGUCACGGACUAAAUAGAUUAGAUAUGUAUGUAAACUCUAUUGAAACAAACACGACGUCCCAUGGUAAAGGAAUAGAACCCCAGAUUGUAAAGGAGACAGUAGCCACAGCUUUAGUAGAGGGAAACAACAUUCUCGGUCCAGCGGUCGGAAAGUUUGCUAUAGACUUAGCUAUAAAGAAGGCCAAAGAUGCAGGCAUAGGUUUUGUGACAGUCAAAGGUUCAAAUCAUUUUGGAAUAGCUGGAUGGUAUGGCAUGAGAGCGAUGGAACAGGGAUUAAUCGGAAUGGCUUUCACAAAUACAUCACCACUGUUAGUACCCACAAGAGCAAAAAAGGUGACCCUCGGGACAAACCCAAUAUGUGUGGCUGCCCCUGCUAAAGAUGGCGAUAACUUUGUACUAGAUAUGGCAACCACGAGCGUAGCGUUAGGAAAGAUAGAAUUACAAGAAAGAAAGGGCGAAUCUAUGCCGAAUGGCUGGGCUAUCGAUAAAGAAGGAAAGGAAACAAAUGACCCCUCAGCUUAUGCAGGUCUUCUUCCACUUGGGGGAUCUGAGGAGAGCAGUGGUUAUAAGGGCUAUGGAUUGGCCAUGAUGGUGGAGGUAUUGUGCGGAAUUCUAAGUGGAGCAAAUUUCGGACCCAAUCUUCGUACAUGGAAAGAUUUUGAGAAAGUUGCAAACCUUGGUCAGUGCUUUAUUGCAAUUAAUCCUAGUGCAUUUGCCGAGGGAUUCACCGAAAGAAUGAGCGAAUUAAUGGAAUAUUGCAGACAUCUUGAACCGGCAGAAAGUGGACUUCCGGUAAUGGUGGCUGGUGACCCUGAAAGAUUUCAUAUUGACCUUUGUAAACAACAUGGAGGAAUACCAUAUCAUCAGAAUCAAAUAACCUAUGCGAGUGAUUUAGCCAAAAGACUCAAUGUAAAGCCCAUGAUGGUGGUCCGUGUGUUCCAUAAGACAAUAAUGGCUACAGCAGAAAAAUAUGUCGUUCCUGAAAAAGACGUUCACGAUUUCAUAAUUCGUUGCUUGGAAGCCAUUGGAACAAACAUAAAUCACGCACGAGCAUUAGCGGAUGCGCUGACAUGCGCAGACACAAGGGGUAUCUACAGUCAUGGGCUCAGCAGAAUCGGUUUAUACGUGAAAUGCCUACGAAAUAAAGCGAUAUCUGAUGGUCAGGGUGUGGAACCUACCAUUGUCAAAGAAAAUGUCUCCACGGCUCUUGUAGACGGCAACAACAUUCUUGGGCCAGCCAUUGGGAAGUUUGCAUUGGAAUUAGCAAUGAAAAAAGCGAAACGGUCAGGAAUUGGAAUGGUUAGUGUUAGAGGAUCGUCUCAUUUUGGUAUCGCUGGAUGGUAUGGACUUCAAGCAAUCGAACAAGGGAUGAUAGGCAUGGCUUUCACAAACACAUAUCCAAUGCUGGUCUCAACAAGGUCAAAAGAGAUGGUUGUAGGUACGAAUCCGAUAUCACUCGGUGCCCCAGCAAACAAUGGAGAUAACUUUGUUUUAGAUAUGGCAACAACAGCUACUGCACUGGGGAAGGUUGAACUUAAAGGAAAAUUAGGGCAGCCAUUACCGAGUGGCUGGGCAAUAGACAAAGACGGAAAGGAAACUAGGGACCCGAAGGCAUUCCAGGGCUUGUUACCGCUAGGUGGAGCUGAAGAAAGUGGUGGUUACAAAGGCUAUGGUCUAUCUAUGAUGGUUGAAGUAUUGUGUGGUAUAUUAAGUGGUUCAGCAUUUGGUCUCAACACUGGAAACUGGAAGAAAGGAGAGGGUGCAGUUAAUUAUGGACAAUGCUUUAUAGCCAUUGAUCCAUGCAGUUUUGCUGAUGGUUUCACAGACAGAAUGACUCAGCUGAUUGACCAAUGUAGGAGUGUAGAACCUCUUGAUCCUGACUGCCCAGUCCUGAUUCCUGGAGACCCGGAGAGACAACACUCCCAGCGCUGUAAGGAACUCGGCGGAAUCCCAUACACACGGGAAUCAUUCACUAAUGCGAAUGAAAUCGCUAAGCAACUUGGUGUUGAACCAUUAAAAGCAAGGACUGGCUAAUUAUGAUCAUUAUUAGU